AUCUUCCUUUUCUAGGAAAUACAGCAGCAGCCAAACUAGCAGUGAAAAAUAACCAUCUUGACAUCACAGGCACUUCUUAAAGGGCAGCACUAUGCUGCAGGGUCAAAACCAUACAAACCACAGCUUAGUUUACUUUAAGAUCACAUGCCGGCAAACAUUAGCAAGAGGAAUGAAAACAUAAUAUGAGAGAAGCACAGAGUCGUUUAGAUGUUAGAGAGUCUUUGUGGAGGUCAGCAUCAAGUUAAUUAACAAAACGAUAAUGUGAAAAAUGUAUAACAGCAAUGAAUCAUGUGUAUUACGAGAUACUAAAUGUCUCAGGAGAAAAAAGAUCACGCAUUAUGGUAGAAUAAAUACAGGCCUAAAAAUAAAUAUUCUCUAAAAGUACAGAAACGCCACAGAAGACUACAAAGAACCUUUGGUGCACAAGAAAGAUGUUCAGGAUGAAUUUUCCCCUCGUUCUGCUCUGUGGUCUCAUCUUGUCCUGCUUUUGUUCCAGAGUGGCAGGUUUGGAUGAGAAGAUAUCAGUGAUUCAGAGUCCAGACAACAUUACUGUGAAUGUAGGAGAAUCUACUGAAAUCACCUGCUGCUGGACUCAAAUUACAAAGGAAAUAUCUAAUGUUAAAGUUGUUUGGUUAAAAAAUGACACAAAAGUUUCAGCAGAGAUCCAGAUAUACCAAAAAUCUCCAUCAGAGAAUUGUUCUACUCUACACAUCGCACACAUAAGUCCUAAUGAUACAGGAGAAUAUGUGUGUAAAGUGACCAAAGACAUACCAGUACUGACUGAAGGCAGGGGAAAUAAAACCAUCUUACGUGUCAAUAAAGAACAACAUUGGAAUAAGGCAACAACAACUACAGACAGUGUUCAUAUAAUAUCCUUCCCAACAGUCAAUGAAAAGCCACUUGUAAUAGACAAACCGAAGACAAACCCAAAGGAUGAGACUUCUUUGGAUGGACAUUUUGUAGAUUCUUCAAAUGAAAGCAGUGAUUUGUGGGAAAUUGUGCUCAUUUACAUUUUCAGAUGUUUGCCAUUCAUCAGUCUGCUAGUGGCAUUCUUUUCCCUGAACAGAGACGGUAGAAGAGCCAUCCCAUCAAAACCAGUAGAACAACCAGAGGAAGAUCUGGAAUCAGGAAAUAAACGCAGAAAUGACGCUGAAGAUGUGAAACAGGAUGAGAGAGGUUCUGUGGAGGAGGAAGAGCGUGACACCACAGAAAAAGUUAAAACUGCAGAAGAUGAAAAAGACAAACAGGAGGAAGAAAAAGAUCCGGUUGUGCUUCUGGACACUGAAGCUGUGAUGGUUAUAACUGGUAACAGGGAAGAAGGUGCAGAUUCUCUUGAGGGCAGUAGCAUCGUUUCCGUUUUGUAGUAACUGUUUUAUCAGAUCUGUGAUGUCACUUCCUUUGUGCUUGGCUGCAGUGUGUUUAUGGGUCGCAAUGCAAUGGCUAUCAUCUUGAACUGUUGUAAAUAAUUUAAUUUAUUUAAUAAAAAAGACAUGACAUGAACAUGCAUGACCCUGUUUUA